CAUUCUUACCCAUCGUAUCACUGGCCGAAACAUCGCUGUGGGUCCAGGUCUUGUGGGCCUGUCGUUGAAAUAUGUACUCAUUAUCACACAAGCUCCAAACUGGAUGGUCCGCCAGCACACCGAGCUCGAGUCCGAUAUCGUGGCCGUUGAGCGUCUUCAGGAAUACGUCGAUUUCAAGCCUGAAGUCUCAGAGAUCAAUCCCGACAACCGUCCACUCCAGGAAUGGCCAACUCAGGGACGCGUCGAGUUCAUCGACUACGAGACCAGACAUCGCCCAGGAUUCGAUCUUGUUCUCCGCGGCGUCAACUGCUCGAUCAAUCCUCACGAGAAGAUCGGUAUCUGCAGCCGAACAGGAGCAGGCAAGUCCUGCUUGACCCUGUCGCUCUUCCGCAUCAUCGAGGCCGCCAAGGGACAGGUCCUUGUUGACGGCAUCGAUAUCUCGACCCUGGGGUUGUACGAUACCUGCCCUAGGUUCUCGAUUAUCUCUCAGGACAUAGUCUUGUUUGCAAGCACCAUCCGGUUCAAUUUGGAUCCCUUGGGGAUAAGGCCCGACGUCGAGUUGUGGCAGACACUCGAGGACUCGUAUCUCAAGGACUAUAUCUCGGCCAUGGAAGGAGGACUCAAUGUGAUGGUGCUUGAUGGAGACGACAAUUUCUCGAUAGGUCAAAGGCAGCUGAUCUGCCUUGCACGGGCGCUUCUCUGCAAGACCAGUCUGCUGGUCCUGAACGAGGCGACGGCGGCGAUUGAUCUGGAGACAGACGCGCUGGUGCAGGUGAUUAUUCGGCAAAUGUUCCACGAGUGCACGAUCCUGACGAUCGCGCAUCGGAUCGACACGGUGAUGGGUAGUGACAGGAUCAUGGUGCUGGACCAGGGAAGGGUGGCGGAGCUUGACACGCCGGCGGCAUUGCUAGCAGACCAGAGCCCGAUCUUUUAA